GUCACACAGUAAUGAGUUCGGGGGGCAGUCUCGUGAUUUGCUUUAAAUAUUAAGGCGGUUUCCCAUUUCAGCCCACCAAGUUGGUCUUCUCUUUCUUCUCCCCCCUUUCUUCCUCGACCUCUUUUUUAAGUUUUCUUUUUUUUUUUUCUUUGAGUCUUCACAUUUUCUUCACCCUCUCUCUCUCUCUCAUCCCAUAUUUUUCUCCCAUGAAGAGAAAAUUUCACCAAGAAGAAAUAAUUUUCAAUAGAAAAACAAUGAAGAAAUGCGAACUCUGCAGAAGGGUGGCUACGACCCACUGCGAGUCGGACCAGGCGAUCUUAUGCUGGACCUGCGAUUACAAAGUCCACGCCGCCAACUUCCUCGUCACUCGGCAUUCCAGGACGCUGCUCUGCCGAAUUUGCCAAUCUCCGACGCCUUGGUCCGCCGCCGGCACGAUGCUUGGCCCCGCGGUCUCUGUGUGCACCAAUUGUGCCAGGAAUUGUCGUAAUAAAAACAGGGGAAAAGCCGGAUGUACGGAUUCCCAUGUUGAAAUUGAAUCCGAUGGUAGUAGUGAUGAAGCAGAGGCAGCUGUAAAUUCAUCGGAGGAGGAAGAGGAGAUUGGUUUGGAGGAUAACCGAAUGCUCCAGCCUUGGUCGGCGACCACCACGCCUCCGCCGGCGGCUAGUUCGUCGACGUCGUCUAAUAGCGACGCCGAAUCUUUCUGCUCGCGUUCUUCGGCGUCGUCUUCGUCUCGGUCGCUGCGCCGGAGAAGAAAAACUACGCAUCAAAAGAAACACUCGUUACCCGGAGAUAUCAAGGUCGAUGUCCCCCCAGGCUCCGUAGCGGUGGCGGCGGUGGAUUGUAGUGGAGGGCAGAGAAGUUGCCAGAGGAGUUUGAAAAGGCGGAGACUUCUUGAUCCGUCUCGGGUCGGGCUAAGCCCGACAUUUUCGUGCUCUAAUGAAGUCCGUUAAAGGGGGGAAAAAAUAAAAUACAAUUGAGUGCCACUGCUACUGAAUUUUUACUUUUUUUAUCUCCCAUCCCAUUGUGUGAUUUUGUUGAAUGUUAGAGCAAAAUAAUCAUUAGUGUGGUAAAAUCAUAUUGGAUCAACUGCUACUUAGGAAUUUAUUAUUGUAGGAGUAUAUUUUUAGUGAGGAUGUGCCAAAUUGUACCAUUGAAAUUUAUUCAAGAUCAGUUACAAUUUCUGGAUCUUUAUUUCGUGUGAUUUUAGAUAUUUUAUUUUCGAUC